AUGGCUUCCCGAAUUCUCAGCCGCGUCUCGCGGAGACGCCUGUCCGCCGUCGCGGACUCCGCGUUCCCCUCAUACGCGCCCACAGGAGCCCUGCGCGCGUUCGGCGGCGUGCGGUGGUUCGCGACGAGCCCCGAGGAGAACGACAUCGUCGUCAUUGGCGGCGGGCCCGGUGGGUACGUGGCGGCGAUCAAAGCGGCGCAGCUGGGCAUGAAGGUCACUUGCGUGGAGAAGCGCGGCGCGCUGGGCGGCACGUGCCUGAACGUGGGGUGCAUUCCAUCCAAGGUAAGCAACGAUAACGGGUGGUGGUAUCCGCUAGGGCGACCGUGCUUCCAUACGCUGCUCCCAUGCACCAUGUUCCCAUGCACCCAUGCUCCCAUGCACUAUGCUCCCAUGCACCCAUGCUCCCAUGCACUAUGCUCCCAUGCGCCCAUGCUCCCAUGCUCUCAUGCAUCCAUGCAUCCAUGCUCCCAUGCACCCAUGCAUCCAUGCUCCCACGUACCCAUGCUCCCAUGCACCCAUGCACCCAUGCUCUCAUGCACCCAUGCAUCCAUGCUCCCACGCACCCAUGCUCCCAUGCACCCAUGCUCCCAUGCACCCAUACUCCCAUGCACCCAUGCUCUCAUGCACCACGCAUCCAUGCUCCCACGCACCCAUGCUCCCAUGCUCCCAUGCUCCCAUGCACCCAUGCACCCAUGCUCUCAUGCUCUCAUGCACCCAUGCUUCAUGCUCCCAUGCAUCCAUGCUCCCGUGCACCCGUGCUCCCAUGCACCCAUGCUCUCAUGCACCCGUGCUCUUGUGCACUCAUGCUCCCAUGCACCCAUGCUCUCAUGCACCCAUGCUCUCAUGCACCCGUGCUCUUGUGCACUCAUGCUCCCAUGCACCCAUGCUCUCAUGCACCCAUGCUCUCAUGCACCCGUGCUCUUGUGCACUCAUGCUUCCAUGCACCCGGGCCCUUCUCUCGUGCACCUAUGCAACCAUCAAUCCGUGCACCGAUCUCCCUUUCGCGCUCUCAGUCAAGUGGCCAACCUUUCAGCGCUACUGGAGUCAUCGCACAUGUACCACGAGGCGAAGCACUCGUUCGCGGCGCACGGCGUCAAGGUGGCGGGGUUGGAGGUGGACUUACCGGCCAUGAUGGCGCAGAAGACCGGCGCUGUCGCGGGGCUCACCAAGGGCAUUGAGGGGCUGUUCAAGAAGAACAAGGUCACCUAUGUGAAAGGCCACGGUAAGAUUGUCGGCCCGAACGAGGUGGCUGUGUCCCUGCUGGACUCCCCCGGGGAGACCAAGAGCAUUGGCGCCAAGAACAUCAUCAUCGCCACCGGGUCCGACGUGCGCCCGCUGCCGGGGCUGCAGAUCGACGAGAAGAAGGUGGUGUCGUCCACGGGCGCGCUGAGCCUGGACGCCGUGCCGAAGAAGCUGGUGGUGGUGGGCGGGGGAGUGAUUGGACUGGAGCUGGGGUCGGUGUGGGGGCGGCUGGGCGCGCAGGUGACGGUGGUGGAGUUCAUGGACGGCAUCGGCGGCUACAUGGACAACGAGAUCCGCCGCACCUUCCAGCGCACCCUGCAGAAGCAGGGCUUUAAGUUCAUGCUCUCCACGAAAGUCGUCUCUGCGGACGCGUCGGGCAACGGCGUGGUGCUGGAGGUAGAGCCGGCCAAGGGCGGCGAGAAAACCAAGCUAGAGGCGGAUGUGGUGCUGGUGGCGACGGGGCGCGUGCCGUACACGGACGGGCUGGGACUGGAGGAGGUGGGUGUGCAGAAGGACAAGGCGGGGCGCAUCGUGGUGGACGACAAGUUCCGCUCCUCCGUGCCGAGUGUGUUUGCCAUCGGGGACGCCAUUCCCGGCCCCAUGCUGGCGCACAAGGCGGAGGAGGAUGGCAUUGCGUGCGUGGAGAAUCUGGCAGGGAAGCACGGGCAUGUGAACUACGCGACGGUGCCCGGGAUUAUUUACACGCACCCGGAGGUGGCCAUGGUGGGUAAGACCGAGGAGGAGGUGAAGGAGUCGGGUGUAGAGUACCGCGUGGGGAAGUUCCCCUUCAUGGCAAACAGCCGCGCGCGCACGAUUGGGGACUCGGAGGGGAUGGUGAAGAUCAUAGCGGAGAAGGCGACAGAUAAGGUGGUGGGCGUGCACAUAGUGGGGCCGAGUGCGGGCGAGCUGAUCAUGGAGUGUGUGUUGGCCAUGGAGUAUGGCGCCAGCAGUGAGGACAUCGCCCGCACGUGCCACGGCCACCCCACGCUCAGUGAGGCUGUCAAGGAGGCAGCGCUGGCCACGCAUGGCAAGCCCAUCCACAUGUGA